AUGGCUGAAAAAUUUCGAGAUAGUCCCUUGGACACUCCUCUAGACAACCCAGAUCUAGAUUUAUUCACUGAUGGUUCUUCUUUCACGAGGGAUGCCAUAUACUACACUGGAGCUUCUAUAGACACAGAAUUUGCCACUCUAUGUUUUAGCUCCAGUCUUACUGUACAUCAGAGAAUCCACAGUGGGGAGAAACCGUAUCCGUGUAAACAAUGUGGAAAGACAUUCACUUGCAGCUCUAGUCUUGCUGUACAUCAUAGAAUUCACAGUGGGGAGAAGCCUUAUGAAUGCAAGCAGUGUGGAAAGACAUUUAGUCAGAGCUCCAAAGUUGAUCAACAUCAGAGAAUCCACAGUGGGGAGAAACCUUAUGAAUGCAACCAGUGUGAAAAGACAUUCAGACAGAGAUCCCAACUUCAUCAACAUCAGAGAACCCACACUGGUGAAAAACCCUACAAAUGCCAGCAAUGUGGAAAGACAUUCAGUUGUAGCUCCAGUCUUGCUGUACAUCAGAGAAUCCACAGUGGGGAGAAACCAUAUGAAUGCAACCAGUGUGGGAAAGCAUUCAGACAGAGCUCUGAACUUGUUCAACAUCAGAGAAUCCACAGUGGAGAGAAGCCUUAUGAAUGCAACCAGUGUGGAAAGACAUUCAGUCAGAGAGCCCAUCUUGCAGUACAUCAGAGAAUCCAUAGUGGAGAGAAACCUUAUGAAUGCAAGAAAUGUGGAAAGGCAUUCAGUUGUAGUUCCAGUCUUGCCCUACAUCAAAGAAUACACAGUGGGGAGAAACCUUAUGAAUGCAGCCAGUGUGGGAAGACAUUCAGACGGAGCUCUGACCUUGCUGUACAUCAGAGAAUCCAUACUGGGGAGAAACCUUAUAAAUGCAAGCAGUGUGGAAAGACAUUCAGUCGGAGCUACCAUUUAGUGGAACAUCAGAGAAUCCACAGUGGGGAGAAACCAUAUGAAUGCAACCAAUGUGGAAAGACGUUCAGUUGUAACUCCAGUCUUUCUGUACAUCAGAGAAUCCACAGUGGGGAGAAGCCUUAUGAAUGCAACCAAUGUGGAAAGACAUUCAGUCAGAGGUCAAAACUUGAUCAGCAUUACAGAAUCCACACUGGGGAGAAACCUUAUAAAUGUAAACAUUGUGGAAAGACAUUCAGUCAGAGCUCUACUCUUUCUGUACACCAUAGAAUUCACACUGGGGAGAAACGUUAUGAAUGCAAGAAAUGUGGAAAGACAUUCUAUCGGCGCUCCAGACUUGGUCAACAUGAGAGAAUCCAUACUGCAGCAGAACCUUAUUAAUGAAAGAAGUUUGGAAAGACACCCAGACACAGCCACUCUGGCUAUAAAUCAAAUAAUCUUAUGGAUCCAAUGUUAAAGGGAUUUCCUUAAUCUCUCUCUCUCUUGUCUCCUUAAGUUGCUAGAGCAAGAUGUCAAAGUAAACCAGAACUUGCAGGAAUCAGUGAUCCAUAGCUGAAGAUUCCAUUACUAGGGAGACCAAGACUGAGGGGAGUUGGUAGACUGCUCUCUGACAGGAAGUGACAAGAGAAAGGAAGCAGUUGUGGACAUUUCAGGGCAUUUUCACUCUGGGAUCUCUAGAGAGCAAGAGGUCUGUCUCUGAGGCAAGGGACUACUGGUAGUUGGCUACUGACAGUUGUGCUUCUGUAGAAAACUGAUUGAAGAAAUAAGUGGUAUGUAGGAAUUUAAGUGAUUAGUGAGUAAUUUAUAGAGUAGAAUAGAUUAGGCCUUGUGUGCCAGGCAGCAGAACCUAUACUGAUAAGACAUUGUUUUUAGGAAAUUCUAGGUCAUAUUAGGAAUAUAUGGUAUGUUUAUAGAGUGUAAGAAUAGUAAUUUCCACUUUUCUAUCUUUUCACUUGUACUUCCUAUGUAAAUUAAAGUUUCUGCUAAGGUG